AGAUGUUGUUUUGCCUUGGCGAGGUGAAAACGCCACGCCCUUUCUGUGGGCGUGCUUUCAGGCCGCUCUGUUGUAUCUGAUCUGGAGCGCAGAGCGCGCGCACUAGUGGCAGCCUCACGCGCAGUCGUCUCGCGUCUGGAUAUGCCUUAACGAGCUCUGCGCGCGACGAUGUUAAGCAGAAAAUCGGAAAUGUCCGGCAGCGCGCUCGCGCCUGCAGCCGUGGACCGCAGCAGGGUGGCGGAGAGGCUGCGGGCGGCGUUUGCGGGGCUGCAAGAGCUGCAACAUUUGCGGGAAAAACAGGGCGACAUGGUGCAGCGCGCGCUCCGCAUGGAAACGGACACGCACAAGGAGAGUGAGCAAGCGAACAGUGGUGUGUGUUUGCACCAAAGUGACGAAGUGGCAAACCGAGCCGAGGAGCAGCAGCGACUUGAGGCGACGCUCACAGCCCUGAAACAGCAACUGACCCGUUUGCGCAGGCAAGAUGUCGGACUAAAAACACACCUGCAGCAACUGGACCAGCAGAUCAAUGAGCUUAAACUGGAUGCUUGUAAAACUUCUGCUGAACACCUUGAGAGUGACAGCCGACCCAGUUCAGGAUUUUUCGAGCUCAGUGAUGGUGGUUUGGGCUCUCUGUCGAACUCCUGCACGUCUGUCUACAGUGAAUGUCUCUCAACUUCAUCUCAAGUAAGCCUCCUUCCACACUCCUCGGGCUUCUCGGCUGUUCACGGGUGUAACGCCCAAGCGCAGGCUGAUGUGUGCCGUAGACGUUCUGCGGACGAGUCUACGGCCCAACCGGACAUUCCACGAGGGCUGGGUGUCCGUCUUGGGAGUAGUGGAAUACGAACAAGUUCAAUCAGCUCAGAGAGAGCCAGACAAAGGCCUGUCUCGACAGGUGAUAUUGAUAGAGUUAUCAAUCCUGCAUUUGCUUCAUACAAACCUGCUGAUGGUAAAACAUCCACGCUGUCCAGUAAGUUUAUUGAACUCAACAUGGAUCCAAAAUAUCAGAGCAACCUUGUAUCCCACAAUGGUACUGAAGUGUACUGCUACCCCAGCCCCCUGCAUGCUGUAGCCCUCCAGAGUCCUAUCUUCUCUCUCAGUGGAGAUAAGGGAGGACCUGUGGGCAUAGAUACCCAGGAUAAACACACCAAAAUGGGACUAUCUAAGGACACACUUCCCAAGCAAGAGUCAAGUGGCCCCAAAGCUGAGGGUUAUAUUGUGAAACUGCUCCAGCGCAGCUCAAGUAAAAUGAGCCUCCUAAGUGAGUUAGGUGUGGAAAAAUGUCCGGUUCCAGAUAGUAUUGCUCAGGAUCAUGGGAUUUUGGGGUUCAGAAUGAAGCAAGAGAAGGAUAAAGUUCAGGAACCCCUAGAGCGGAAAAUCGAGAAUCCAGUAAUUGAUGUAAAGAAAUCACCACCAAGAUCUGCUAACAAUGAGCAAAUGAACCUGAAUAUCAUUAAGGCAGAAGAUUACAGACAAACAUGUCCUGUUCAGUAUUCAAGGACCCAAAAACCUACCACAGCAAUGGUUCAAGAGAAGGAGGAUGAGCCUAGAGAUCGGUCUGAUCACGGGAUAGGCUGUGAGGAAGCAUCAACCAUUACAAAGGUUUCUGAGCGGAGACCGAGCUUUACCUUCUCUAAUAAGGAAAAUAAAAGCAGAGACGGAGAUUGCACUCAUACUGCUACAGAGUUUGUUUGUGCUCAGUUUGUGCCUGCGGGGUCUCAGAGGGUGAAAGUGCGUCAGGCAGACAAAAAGACCAAGGCUGUGAAACUGCGUAAGAAGGGACAUGAGAAACCAACAGGUAAGAAGCACAAUCUGAAGCACUCAUUUAGGGAUCAUGAAAAGGAUAAAGGAUAUAGCACUAAAAUGCGUGGGGAUAGAAAUCCAAAGCAGUUCAAUUCAGAGAGAGAUUGGUUCGAUGCUUCUGUUAUGGAGCCCAUACUUCAUUCUUGUUCAGAAUCCAGUCUUUUGGGGUCUGGAAAUCUAUGUGGUACUAACCUUCAGUCAAAUCGACAGCAGAAACAUACAUCCAAAUCCAGCAAAACCCCAAAGAUUCAGUUUCCAGACUUGGAGAAUGUAUCUCGAAAGAAGCAAAGCUCUCAAAAAUGUCCCCAUGCUUCGGAGAUCCAGGUUCCACAUGCUCCCCCAGCCCACUACCAGAGGUCCAGGGAGGUGUCUAUUCAGAAAGUUACACAAAAGUCAGGAAUGGUGAGAAGUCUGAGCAUGAGACCUCGCUCGGGCCACUGGGGUGGUGUUUCUCGUCCACUUCAUCCCUCUCUGUCCUCCUCUUCUUACUUUAGCAACCUGAACUUGAGAUACCCCCCUGCACCCCUGUCUACACACUACCCACCCAGGUGUGAGUCAGAGUAUUCGGCCGAGUGUGCCUCUCUCUUUCACUCGACCAUCAUGGAGAGCAGCGAGGGAGAGCUGAGUGACUACACCACCAACCGCUUUGGAGACAGCGAGUCCAGCCAGGAGUCUCAAACUGGUUCUGACUCAGACAGCAGCCUGUCACUGGACGAAGAUGAUCUGUAUGAGGAAGAUGAGGACGAAGGAGGUCUGGUCUGGGCUGAGGCUACUGUGGGCCCCACAGCCAACGAGCUGUCCAUUCAACAGCAGCUUCGCCCUGAACCAGCUUCGUGUCGCAUCAAAGCAUCCAGAGCACUGAAGAAGAAGAUUCGCCGCUUUCAACCAGCCUCGCUUAAAGUCAUGACUCUGGUAUAGUCUUCAUGCUUCGUUUCAUUGGUCAGAAGUUUACAGAAUUCUUGCAUUGAUUACAACAGUUUUCAAAUACUAUAAUUGCAUAUUGUCUGUGCGUGUUCUAGGAAAAGAGACUAAUGACAUGUUCUGUAUCUUUAUGCCAUGCACUCAAUAUUAAAGAAUAAUUCCUAUUAACAUUUUAUGUAGCCAAAGUGUUUAUGCCUUAGCUUCUCAUAUAACUGCUUCUCAUAUUCUACCCAUGCACCAAAGAUUACUCUUAUUGCCUGUUUAAAAAACUGUUGCAUACUGUAUAUAUUGUUGGUGUUUGUUUUUUGCAUAUUCAAAACAACCAAAAAAAGUAAUCUAGUUUAAAGAUAUACUGUAUUUUGUUUCCUUAAAAGCCAUUUUCCUGUGUAUAAUUAUAUUUCACAUCUGUUUUUUUAUGCAUAUUAA